CGUUCUCUUCGUCUCACUCACACUCUUAUAAUCAUCUCACUCUCAAAAAAUUUCUGUAAUGGCUCGCUUUAGCUUUCCUUCAUUGAUGGUAAUGCUGGUAGCAUUCUCUGUGGCCUCCACCAUGGCACAAUCCCCGGCGCCGUCUCCCUCAAAAUCCCCACUAGCGAGUCCACCAACGAAACGCCUUGCUCCUGCGCAGUCUCCGGCCGCAACGACUCCCGCAUCUGCGCCAUCCCCUGUGAAGACUCCGCCGACGAGUGCUCCGUCCCCGACAGUGGUGACCUCUCCGCCGUCGCCUUCUCCUGAGGCUUCGGCGAGCCCUCCUGCGUCGAUUGCUGCUACACCUUCGGAAGCUCCUGGGCCGGCGGAGAACAGCGCGGUUUUGAGCAGAGUCGGGUUUGCUGGAUCUCUGGGCGUCGGAGUAUUCGCAGCAGCAGCUUUGCUUUUUUGAAACCGCCGUGGGAUUUACUUACGUUUUAGAGGGAAUGUAGUGGCGUUAUUAGAUCCAUUUUAUUUAAGUUUUAGGGGUAAUAUGUGGCCUUAUUAGAUUUAUUUAUUUAUUCAUCUUUUUAUUUGUUUCAUAUUCAUUGGGGAUUUAGUUUGGUUUUCCUUUACAGUUUGAGUUUGUCACUUUGUCAUAUACAUUUAUAUAAUUUGGGCUCCUUUUUUUUAUCUUAA